AUGUGGAGCCGCCUCACUAGCUCUUUGGCGUUCCUGAUUUGUGGCCUCCGGAACAUUGGCAACUCCAUCUUUGCUCCCAUCAUUUUGUGCCAUGCUCACAGUGCUCACAGAGGACUGGGUGGGCCGCUGCCGCCACAGGCCUUCGACAUGUUCCGCUUCUUCGGGCUUGUCAAGCCGAGCUCCACCGAGGCGCUGGUCGCAGUGUUCAUCUACCUGGGCUUGUACGCUUCUCGCAUUGAGGAGGUGCGGAAGAUGGAGAAGCACUAUCAGGUGAGCUUCUAUGCGUCUUGCGGCUGGACCUUCUACGCCCUGGCCAGCCUGAUUCAUGCCAUCAGCUGCGGGCCUGAGCCCAUGCUUGAAAGAGGAGCAGCAGAGUCUCUGCACACGCUGGGUGCUGUGGUUUUCCUGCUGAGCUGCGGGUAUUUCUACAGCUACCACUGGGGCCGGAUCUUUCGACACAUCCAGGAGGGCCGAUUCCGGCCCUUCUUCGCCUUGGGCCUUGGCAGCUUGACCUUUGUCCAUGGUCUCACUGCCCGGAUCUUAAUUCCAGGUGGGCCACAUUUGGAAAAUGAUGGAGGAUCCUGGAUGGUACGAUACCGUGCAGAAGAUCUACCCCGAUCAGUGGCAGUGGAUCGCUGA